UGACACGUGAUACGUGACUCGCCAUGGGGUCAAAGUUGAAAUUUAAUGUUUUGCAAAUGGCGGAAGGUGUAAACACAACUGUAAAAUACCAGCUGUACAGAUCUAUUUAAAAUGACGACUGCAGACUAUGAACGUUUAGACAGUCUGGAAGGAUGGGUAGCUAUAAAAAGUAAUAUAUUUGAAGAAACCGAGACAUUUAAGCUUGGCUUUAUAGUACAGUGGAAUGUUAUCGAAUGCAAGUUUGCGGUCACUUGUCACAACAGGACUCUACAGCGACUGAGACGAAAAGAAGAGCUAGCCUCCGAAGACACUCAGACCAGCUGGGCCGGACUGUUCUCGGUCGAACAUCUUAAAAAUAUCCAUCGGCAGUUUACAGGUGUUAGCGAUGUUCUACAGCCAUAUUUCCCCAACUUGGCUGAUUUCGAGGGGGGAAAUAUAUGGGACAUCAUUUUUUUUAACCGUACUUCCAGCCCGGACGAACCCGAGAGGGAUUUGGAUACACCUUGCCGACAGCUUGAGAAAUAUUUCUGCACUGCUGUUGAUGUAUGUGGUCGGAAGAUUGUGCUUGAUUCUUUAUUUAUGCAGGAUGAACGGGAUGUUGAAGAGUACUUCGAAAACCUACAGGAGUUUAAGAGGAAAACGAUGCAAGACCAAGUUGUCCGAGCAAAAGAUGAUCUGAGGAAGAUCAUCAUACAACACAAAACAACUGACAAGCUAGUCCUCCUGUUAAAGAUGUAUGAAGAAGAGGACGAGGCUUACAAGGAGCUGGUUACCACGGCGACACUGUUCUAUCAGUACCUCCUGCAGCCUUUCCGGGACAUGAGAGAACUGGCCAUGCUGUACAAAAUGGACAUCCUGAAAUCCCUGGAGCUGGAGGAGCUGGGCCCCAGGAGAAUAGCGGUUCUGGAGAAGGAGGCGCAGGACUGGAGGAAGAGGGCCCAGGAUGCAGUGAGCUCCAUACAGGACAUCACCGUCGACUACUUUGUGGAGACGUCCAAGGCACUGGCAGGGAUGCUGAGACAGAUGGAGGAGGACAGGCUCAGGUUUGGCCAGGCCUCCUGGGCGUCGGCCGCCCCCAGGCUGGAGAAGCUGAAGUUCCUGCUGGCCAAGGAGACGCUCCAGCUAAUGAGGGCCAAGGAGAUGUGUCUGAACCGCAGGAAGGAGGACAUCAGAGACCGGAUGAGAAGCCUUGCUGAGAACAGCGAGGGGAUGGAGUCAGUGGAUCAGCUGGAGCUGCUGUAUUACGAGGCCCAGCUCGAGCUGUACGACGUCAAGUUCGAGAGCCUGAAGAAUGAGGAGCUUCUUCUGGUGGCGCAGAUAGACACAGUGCGGCGACAGAUCAGAGAGCUGAAGGAGGAGGUGGUGUAUUACGACGCUUGUGAGGACCCGGUGGUGCUCCAGAGCAUGAUGGACCAAGCAGGGUCCCAGAGGGACGCCAGCAGUCCAACCCUCAGCAAACUGAACCGACGGCUUCAGCAGCUGGAGACCAAGAGGGGAGCCAUCUGUGCCAGGAGGGCAUACCUCCGCAACAAGAAGGACCAGUGUGUGGACGUGCACGAGGAGAAGCACCGGCAGGGCCAGCAGAGUGUGGCACAGUUCGCCCAGCAUCACGCCAUCCAACUGAAAAGAGAGCAAAGGAAAGAGGAGGAAGAGAAGAGGAAGGAGUGGGUGGACCAGGAGAGGGAAAGGACUCUAAUUCGGCUUCGCUCAUUCAGAGAGAAGAAGCAGGGUCAGUACGUGCUGAGAACUCCAGGCUCAAGGUCGGCCCCCAGGGACCCCUCUGCUUCUGACUCCUCCCAGCCCCUGUCAAUCAUCAGUCUAAGCCCCUCCUCUGGCACAGCCACACCCAGGAAAAACCGACAGAAGCCAAAGGACAUUCCUGUCCAGAUUUUUGUUGCCCCUGGACCCAGCACUGCCCCUCCAGACCAGGCGCCUCCACCCCCGCCCCCGCUCCCACCCCCACCCCCUCCCCCUCCCCUUCCACCUGCCCUCCCAUCCCCCCCAGCUCCACCCCCCCACCCUGAAGAGCAGGACAAACCUAUGCCCCUGCGCAGUGAACAAGAAGGGACUCCAUUUGCUGCAAAAAACACCCUGAAGCAAAAUAUAGGCUCCAUGGACGAGGUGCUGGCCUCGCUGCAGAGGGGGGCGGUGCAGCUGCGGAAGGUGGCCCCCCCGCCCGCCCAGGGGCCCGGCGUGGCUCCAGGGGACCUGAGGGAUAGCAUCAUGUCGGCCAUCCGCCGCGGCGUGACGCUGAGGAAGGUACAGCCCCCGGCGGAAAGGCCGGAGAGCGGGGCCUCGGACCUGGAGCGGAGCAUCAAGGCCGCCAUGCAGAGGAUGAAGAAGGUGUCCUCCGACUCGGAUGAGGAGGAAGACGAGCACGGGGAGGGCCAGCCAGGGGAGUGGGACGGUUAGCCAGGGG